AUGAGGAAGCCACAGCGCUUCAUCACUGGCCAUAAUUCUGAAGGAAAAGCAAUAGUCCAACAAGUUGACGAGGGCGAGUGGAAGAAAAUAGACAAUGACAUCGUGCGCUACAAUGUCAUGUGGACCACCUCCACUUUGCCUAUCGACAUCAAGAAUGACGACGACUUGGCGAAGGAAAAAACAGUCCUCUCACUUUCUCUUCCAAAUGGUACCGUCUUGCGAAUGGUGGACAGGUCACCUGGUUCCGUUUCGGCUAUGCAUCGCACACAGAGUCUCGAUUACGGGGUCGUGAUUGAGGGAGAGAUGGAUAUGAUCUUGGAUUCUGGUGAGGUAGUCACUCUGAAGCGGGGAGAUGUAUGUGUUCAGCGGCAAACAUUGCAUCAGUGGAGGAACAGUGGCAAAACAUGGAAUAGAAUGCUAUUCAUUUUGAUGGACGCUCUACCUUUGGAGGUUGGAGGAAAGGUUUUUAAGGGCGAGACUGGCUACGAGCAUGUAAAAGAAAUUGGAUCCCGUCUGUGA